UCCUAUCUCCGCCAAAUAAUAGGGGAGGAAUACAAUUAAGCACUUCCCAUUUUCAUUCCUUUGUCUCUCUCUCAACUCCCGCUCUUCAAUUCUAAGCUCCAAAAGGAAGUAGCAUAAGAUGGCAGAAGGUGAGGAUAUUCAGCCCCUCGUCUGCGACAAUGGGACAGGAAUGGUUAAGGCUGGGUUUGCGGGAGAUGAUGCCCCGCGAGCUGUAUUCCCUAGUAUUGUUGGCCGUCCCCGUCAUACUGGUGUGAUGGUUGGCAUGGGUCAAAAGGAUGCCUAUGUAGGAGAUGAAGCUCAAUCGAAGCGUGGUAUCUUAACUUUGAAAUACCCAAUUGAGCAUGGUAUUGUCAGCAAUUGGGAUGAUAUGGAGAAGAUAUGGCAUCAUACAUUCUAUAACGAGCUUCGUGUUGCCCCGGAGGAGCAUCCGGUCCUCCUAACCGAAGCACCUCUUAACCCUAAAGCUAAUCGUGAAAAAAUGACCCAGAUUAUGUUCGAGACUUUUAAUACACCAGCUAUGUAUGUUGCUAUACAAGCUGUUCUCUCGCUCUAUGCCAGUGGUCGUACCACCGGUAUUGUGUUGGACUCUGGUGAUGGUGUUAGCCACACAGUCCCAAUUUAUGAGGGGUAUGCCCUCCCACAUGCCAUUCUUCGUCUUGACUUGGCAGGUCGUGACCUCACUGAUAGUUUGAUGAAGAUCCUCACAGAGCGUGGUUACUCAUUCACCACCACAGCUGAGCGAGAAAUUGUUAGGGACGUGAAAGAAAAGCUUGCUUACAUAGCCCUAGACUAUGAGCAGGAACUAGAGACUUCAAAGACCAGCUCUUCUGUGGAGAAGAGCUAUGAGCUUCCCGAUGGGCAAGUGAUUACCAUUGGUGCUGAACGUUUCCGGUGCCCUGAGGUCCUUUUCCAACCAUCAAUGAUCGGAAUGGAAGCAGCUGGAAUCCACGAGACCACAUACAACUCUAUCAUGAAGUGUGAUGUCGAUAUUAGAAAGGACCUCUAUGGAAACAUAGUGCUCAGCGGUGGUUCUACCAUGUUCCCAGGUAUUGCUGAUAGAAUGAGCAAAGAAAUUACUGCAUUGGCUCCCAGUAGCAUGAAGAUUAAGGUAGUCGCACCACCAGAGAGGAAAUAUAGUGUCUGGAUAGGAGGCUCUAUCUUGGCUUCCCUCAGCACCUUCCAACAGAUGUGGAUUGCAAAGGCAGAGUAUGACGAAUCAGGUCCUUCAAUUGUCCACAGAAAGUGCUUUUGAUUAUCCGAGGACAAUGUUGAUAACGGGAGAUUACUUUCUUCUACUGGAACAGAAUGCAGCUUGUGGUGUUAUAUUUUGUCUUUGUUUUCUGUAUUUGUUGUUCUCAUUUUGGAUUGAGGAACUUGAGAGGGCAAAGAGUUGAUUGUUGGAUGAUCUUAUUCUUUUAUUUUUGUUCAUUUAGAAGUUUCAAACUGUUCCAUAAUAUACUUCCCUUGCUGUGUG